AUGAUGGUUUUGGAGAUCCAGCUCUUAACCACCUAUGUGAUCUCAGUUUUAGCUGCCUAUGUGAUCUCAGUCUCAGCCAUCCAUGUGAUCUCAGUCUUAGCCAUCCAUGUGAUCUCAGUCUUAGCCAUCCAUGUGAUCUCAGUUUUAGCUGCCUAUGUGAUCUCAGUCUUAGCCAUCCAUGUGAUCUCAGUCUUAGCCAUCCAUGUGAUCUCAGUCUUAGCCAUCCAUGUGAUCUCAGUCUUAGCCAUCCAUGUGAUCUCAGUCUUAGCCAUCCAUGUGAUCUCAGUCUUAGCCAUCCAUGUGAUCUCAGUCUUAGCCAUCCAUGUGAUCUCAGUCUUAGCCAUCCAUGUGAUCUCAGUCUUAGCCAUCCAUGUCAUCUCAGUCUUAGCCAUCCAUGUGAUCUCAGUCUUAGCCAUCCAUGUCAUCUCAGUCUUAGCCACUUAG